AUGGCGGCAGCAGUCGUCGGGGGGAUGGUCGCCUCGGGCAUCAUCAAGGUGGUCAUCAAGGAGAUUGGCUCCGCCGCCAUGGGCAAGUUCAAGAGGCACAAGAGCCUCACCAAGCACCUAGGGAGGAUGAAGAUGACGUUGGAGUCGCUCGAGGCCGCGCUAAGUGAUGCCGAGAGACGGUCUAUCACGGAUAGAGCGGCACUUCUGUGGGUGAACCGCCUAAAGGACGCUAUGUAUGAAAUCUCAGACAUGCUGAAUGAGUACGAAUCCGAUGAGACAAAUAUGGUCAGAACUAUUGGGAAGAGGAUCAGUAUGCCAAAAAAGAUAAAAAAGAUGCAAGAGUGUCUACAGAAGAUAACAGACGAUCGUAAAAAUUACAGUCUUCCACCGGAAACCUGCACCAAUGAGAUGAAACUUCCUGAUAUCCGGGAAAAUGCAGGCAAUGUGAUUGAGGCAGAAAUUUUUGGGAGGACAAAGGAAAAGUCGGAUUUCUUAGCUCAUUUAUUUGAGUGCUGCACUGAUGCAACCACCUACGGUCCCAUAUGGGGCUUUGGUGGUAUUGGAAAAAGCACAUUUGCAAAAUUGCUUCACAAUGAUUCCUGUUUCAAAGGAUACUCCAGGGUAUGGGUAUAUGUUUCCCAGAUGUUUGACUUAAAAAAGAUUGGCAACACUAUUAUAUCACAGCUAUCAGGAAAACAAGACAAGCAACUAGAUGAUUUGCAUAGUAUUAGCAUUCGCCUUCAGAAGCUUCUUGUGGAGAGAAGGAAUAUUUUGAUCGUUUUAGAUGAUCUGUGGGAGAACCAUCCUUCCCAACUAGCAGAUUUAAAGGCCAUGCUGAAGCAGGGGGAAGGGUGCAAGGUGAUUGUGGUAGUUACCACACGCGAUGAAGGAAUAGCAAACGAAAUCGGUACUGCCCAGCCAUAUAACUUGCCUCAGUUGUCAGAUGAUAUGUGUUGGGAAAUAAUAAGGCAAAAAAGUAAAUUUGAUACAAGAAAUGACCAAGAACGGCUGGAGCCGAUUGGAAGAGAAAUCGCAAAGAAGUGCAAAGGCGUAGCUUUAGGUGCUCAAGCACUUGGACAUAUGCUGAAAUCCAAGGCUUUCAGAGAAUGGAAUUGGGUCAGCAACAAUGAUAUUUGGAGUCUAUCUACAUCUGUAGAUACAUUGCCCAGAAAUGAAGUACUAGGAUCAUUGCUUUUAAGCUACAACAUCAUGCCACCACACUUGAAGUUGUGCUUUGCAUAUUGUGGAAUCUUUCCAAAGGGCCGCAAGAUGAUUAAAGCUGAUCUUAUUCAUCUAUGGAUUGCUCUUGAGUUUGUCGAACCAUCAGAUACAUUCUCCAGUUGGCAGCUUGGCGAGAGUUAUGUCGUGCAGCUUCUGAAGAUGUCAUUUCUUCAACAUUCAAAGGCUGACACCCAAACAGCAUUCAGGAUGGUGGCCACACUCUGUUCGUUAUGCAUGACCUUGUGCAUGACCUCGCAAGGUCUGUAA